CUCCUGCUAUCAUGUCCUAUCGUCUCGCACCUCACCUCUCUCCCUCAUCCUUCACUGCCGCCAUCAUUGUUGCUUGGGGCCAAAUGGCUUAGAUACACAUAGCUCCUGAACACAACAAACAAGAACCUCUCUUCCCCAUUCAACAGCAUCAGCAUAGCACUUCCUGCAUCAAUGGGGCAUCUCUUGAUGCAACGCACUGCCACAUGGCCAACCUGUUUCAUCCUAUGGUGCUUGUCCGUGCAGCUUCUCUUGCUGUCUCCGGUCUACUCCCUCAACCAAAGCUCCUGCAACCCGGAUGAUUAUGGUGCACUGGAAGGCUUCCUGAGAGGUCUCACCGGAGGCAUCAGCGGCUGGACGCUCUCAAACACGACCUCGGAAGUGGCCAACUGCUGUGCAUGGGUGGGCCUCACAUGCGAUGCCGGGGGUCGGGUCAUCAGGCUGGACCUCCAUGGCAGGAAACUCAAGGGAGAGCUGGCACCUUCGCUCGCGCAGCUGGACCAUCUCCAGUGGCUCAACCUCUCCGACAACAACCUCCGUGGUGCCAUCCUGGCACCCCUCCUUCAGCUCCAUAGGCUUCAGCGGCUCGACGUAAGCAACAACGAGCUCUCUGGCACAUUCCCGGCCAACGUGUCGCUCCCGGUGAUUGAGGUCUUCAACAUAUCCUUCAACUCGUUCAGCGGCACCCAUCCCACACUCCAUGGUUCAUCGCAGCUCACGGUGUUCGACGCAGGCUACAAUAUGUUCACCGGGAGGGUUGAUUCAAGCAUCUGUGAGUCAUCUCGAGUGAUCCGUGUGAUAAGAUUCACAUCGAAUCUCUUUGCCGGGGAACUGCCGGAAGGCUUUGGAAACUGCACAAAGCUCGAGGAGCUAUAUGCCGAGCUCAACAGCAUCUCCGGGAGCUUGCCAGACAACAUAUUCAAGUUGCAAUUUCUGAAGAAUUUGUCUCUGCAGGAGAAUCAGCUCACUGGUAGGAUGAGCCCGAGGUUUGGCAAUCUGUCCAGCCUUGGUCAGCUGGACAUUUCUUUUAAUUCCUUCUCUGGACACCUUCCAGAUGUUUUUGGUAGGCUUGGCAAGUUAGAGUACUUCUCUGCACAGUCCAACCUCCUCAGAGGCCCAUUGCCUGCUUCAUUGUCUCAAUCGCCAUCAUUGAAGAUGUUGUACUUGCGGAACAAUUCACUGAAUGGAAGAAUCAACCUCAAUUGCUUGAAGAUGACACAACUGAGCUCACUUGACCUUGGGACAAAUAAGUUUAUUGGCACAAUUGAUAGCUUGUCAGAUUGCCAUCAUCUCAGAAGCCUAAAUCUUGGCACAAAUAACCUCAGUGGCGAAAUACCAGCUGAUUUUAGAAAGCUUCAGUUUUUGUCCUACAUCUCACUUUCGAACAACAGCUUCACAAAUGUUUCCUCGGCAUUAUCUGUCCUUCAAGACUGUCCAAGCCUAACAAGCCUUGUGUUGACAAAGAACUUCCAUGAUGGGAAGGCCUGGCCGAUGACUGGAAUACAUGGCUUUCAUAAGAUCCAGGUGUUUGCCAUUGCUAAUAGCCAUCUUUCAGGAGCAAUACCACCAUGGUUAGCUAAUUUCAGAGAAUUGAAGGUCCUAGAUUUGUCAUGGAAUCAACUGUCUGGGGAUAUUCCUGCAUGGAUUGGUGAUCUCGAGUUUCUAUUCUAUGUGGAUCUUUCUAACAAUUCACUUACAGGGGUAAUACCAAACAGUUUCUCGAGCAUGAAGGGACUUCUUACAUUCAACAGCUCACAGCAAUCCACAGAGACUGAUUAUUUUCCUUUCUUCAUUAAAAGGAACAAAACAGGCAAAGGGUUGCAGUACAAACAGGUUAGCAGCUUUCCACCGUCUCUAAUUCUCAGCCAUAACAAGCUCAUAGGUGCCAUAUUGCCGGGCUUUGGAAGCCUCAAGAACCUGUAUGUCUUGGACCUCAGCAACAACAAUAUUUCUGGUAUCAUUCCUGAUGAGCUAUCAGGCAUGUCUAGCUUGGAAUCCUUGGAUUUGUCACAUAACAAUCUCACCGGAAGCAUUCCCUAUUCAUUGACAAAGUUGAAUUUUCUAUCAAGCUUCAGUGUGGCAUACAAUAAUCUGAUGGGCACAGUUCCAUUAAGAGGGCAAUUCUCAACAUUCACUGGUUCUGAUUAUGAGGGGAACCCCAACCUUUGUGGCACCCGCUUUGGCUUAUCCCCAUGUCAGUCGAAUCAUGCUCCCAUCAUCUCUGCAACGGGAAAUCGGAAGAACAAGGGUCUCAUAUUAGGAAUAAUUAUUGGCAUUGCAAUUGGAGCGGCAAUGGUUUUGUCUGUUGCUGUUGUACUUGCGUUGAAGAGAAGCUUCAGAAGGCAGGAUCAUAUAGUUAAGGCUGUUGUGGAUACAAAUGUAGCAUUCGAGUUGGCACCAGCGUCACUGGUACUUCUGUUUCAGAACGAAGAUAAUGACAAGGCAUUGACUAUCAGUGACAUUUUGAAAUCUACAAACUACUUUGAUCAGGCUAACAUCAUUGGUUGUGGUGGGUUUGGUCUAGUGUACAAGGGAACAUUGCCAGAUGGAGCAAAGAUCGCCAUCAAAAGACUAUCAGGUGAUUUUGGCCAGAUGGAGAGGGAGUUCAAAGCAGAAGUGGAAACUUUAUCAAAAGCUAAGCAUCCUAAUCUUGUGCUUCUACAAGGUUACUGCAGGAAUGGCAGUGACAGGCUCCUGAUCUACUCUUACAUGGCGAAUGGCAGCCUAGACCACUGGCUUCAUGAAAAGCCUGAUGGCCCAUCCAGAUUAAACUGGCAGAGAAGGCUUCAGAUAGCCAAAGGAGCGGCACGAGGUUUGGCAUACCUGCACUUGUCAUGCGAACCUCACAUACUACACCGUGAUAUCAAGUCAAGCAACAUACUCCUGGAUGAGAAUUUUGAAGCUCAAUUGGCUGAUUUUGGGCUUGCUCGGCUAAUUUGUCCCUAUGAUACACAUGUGACAACUGACCUUGUUGGCACACUGGGUUACAUCCCCCCUGAGUAUGGCCAGUCUUCAGUAGCCACUUUCAAAGGUGAUGUGUAUAGUUUUGGCAUUGUUCUUCUGGAGUUAUUAACAGGAAAGAGACCUGUUGAUAUGUGCAAGAGGAAGGGAGCUAGGGAGUUGGUCUCAUGGGUUAUGCACAUGAAAGGAGAACACCGUGAAGCCGACGUAUUGGACCGUGCAAUGUAUGACAAGAAAUUUGAGAUGCAAAUGAUGAAGAUGAUUGAUUUUGCAUGUUUGUGCAUUAGUGAGUCACCUAAACUGAGACCAUUAACCCAUGAAUUAGUGCUAUGGCUUGACAACAUUUGUGCUAGCUGUGAAGCAACAAAGUGAAGCUCAAUAACAGUGACCUUCGUGGAAAUACUUGAACUCACAGCCCAUGAACUAGUGUUAUGGCUUGCCAGCGUUUGUGCUAGCAAUAAAGCAACAAAGUGAAGUUUAAUAACAGUGACCAACACAGAAAUGCUUGUACUCAAUUUCUCCCCUCUUGAAUAAUUUUUGUCAGAGUGAACACUGUAAGAUAUGACUUUGCAUAUGAAUAUGAUGUGCUUCAUGGGAGUCUAACUUACUACUCCCUCCGUCCAAAACUUUGAAGUCAUCUUUAAGGUAAUAUUUAAUACUCUCUACGUUCCAUAAUACUCCCUCCGUUCCUAAAUAUUUGUCUUUCUAGAGAUUUCAACAAGUGACUACAUACGGAGCAAAAUGAGUGAAUCUACACUCUAAAAUAUGUCUAUAUACAUCCGUAUGUGGUAGUCCAUUUCAAUCUUUAAAAAGACAAAUAUUUAGGAACGGAGGGAGUAGAAGGCACAUAAAUUUGUGGAAAGUCAAGAUUCCAAAACUUUGACCACUAAUGUUUAUGGAAGUAUACAGAUUUAGCAUGUAAGAAAUGUUAUUGUUCUACUUGUCUUGUAAAAUACUUUUGUGCCAUAUGUUCAUUUACUAAUUUUGUAAGCAUUUCAUAAGUAAAAUUUAUAGUCAAAGUCGUGUACAGGAGAUCGUAGAAGUCAAACGUGCCUUAUAUUUUGGAACAGAGGAGCAACAGUAGAGCCAUUGUAUGCCGUAUGAGUAAAUGAGAUUUUGUGAUAGCUCACCCAAAUGUUAUCUGUGUCUUUUAUGAUCUUGUCCUAAUUUCUAGUAUGAAGCUAUGGAAGAUGUUUUAAGGAUCAUUUGCACCAUAGCUGACAAUUCACAUGUUUGAUAUUUCCCUGCAUUUACCUUAACCAAUCUUUCCAGUUAGCCAACUUAAAGUUACUGU